ACUGAAACCGGGGGCAGCGCCGCGUUUUGUACUUCGGCAAAGUUGGCAGAACGAGAAGGAAUGAGGGUUGCCAUGGCUGACUCGCUGAUUGCGCAAGCAUCACCGUCUACAUGUAGGGAGAGAAGAACGAGCAGUAAAGAAAGGGACAAGAGGACAAAAGGAGAGCGAAGAAGAAGAUGAAGGUGGUAUUGAAAGAGGAGAGGAACUGAACUGAGAUGAAAGCUACAGAAGAAGAGAGAAGAUAAACAAGAGAGAGAAAGAGGAUGGACAGCCUUCUCUGCGACGAACUAUUGCAGCAGAUCCUCCAGAGGUUGCCAUCCUCUUCAGACGUCAACUCCGCGUCUCUCGUCUGCAAGCGGUGGCUCUCCCUCCGCCGCUCAUACACCACCUCCCUCUCCCUCCGCCUCCCACUCCCAGCCAAUGGUUCCUCUCUCUCCUCUCUGCUCUCACACUACCCCGGCCUCUCCACCCUCACCCUCAUCUCCGAUGCCCCUAACUCCGACCAUCACCUGGCUGACCGUGCCCUCGUUUCUGUCUCCUCCGUCUGCAGAAAUCUCAGCCAUCUGCGCUUCCUCGUCGGACCCGUCACCGCCUCAGCUCUCGAACAACUCUCUUCUUCCUGCAAAUCCCUGUUGUUUCUCAAGAUCGUCGCCUACCGUUCGGUCGAUUUCUGGUGGUUGGCAGGGUUUCCCGCUCUAAGAGAACUCUCCGUGAGGUUUCUUGACUAUUCGGAAGAUGGGUCGUCCUCCGAUCCCAGCUUCGAUUGCCCCGGUGAUCCCGGACUCGGGUUAGAAUCAGUUUGCCUCACCGGAAUCGGAAGCGGCAAUGUGGGCAUCGAUUGGAUAUGGAGGAAUUGCAAGAAAAUCACAAAAUUGCAGCUCUGUACCUGCGAGGGUAUUGGGAAUCCUCUUUCGGAUUCUUCCUUUCUCAGCAUGUUGUCAGGGAUUCGGGAGAUUGAAUUGAUAACGUGCCGUAGUAUCACAAGGAAUCUCCUUUUCCUGGUUGCGGAGCAUUGCAGGUCUCUGGAUUCUCUGGUACUCUAUGAUGGGGGCGACAAGGAGGCUCUGCUUCAGGUCAUCAAACGUUGUCGGUCCUUGAGAAAGAUCGAUCUGAGGCUUCCUCUCGACUUCGACGAUGAUGGCCUAGUGGCGAUUGCACAUAGCUGCAGUGGAUUGAGAAGCCUCUGUCUGCGAAGUUGCGGACUGGUCAGUGGGGAAAGCUUGAGAGCAUUGGCACGGGAUCUCACCUCGGGGACCUUGGAGGAGCUGGUUUUAGUAAAUUGUGAUGCUCUGGAGAGGGAUCCUGGUCUAUUGACAUUGUUGGGGCAGCGGUUCAAGGGUCUGAGGAAGUUGGAUCUUUCAUACAACGAGGCCCUGCUUGAUGGAGAAGUAGGAUCAAUGCUUGCGUCCGGUAGAAAUCUUACUGAGAUAAGGUUGGGAGGUUGCAAGGGAUUAACAGACUCGACCAUUUCUUCCAUAGUGAACAAAUGUAGCGCUCUGCAGAUUGUUGAUAUUGAUCACUGUCACAAGGUUACUGCGGAAGGUGUUGGUUUGCUGCUUCAGAUCCCAACGUUGAAGCAGAUUGUGGUUGAACAAAGAAAGAUCCCACCACACGUUAACCCAAACUCCAGAAUCUUCCAGCAACCAGGAGCUUCCUCUUGUGGGCAAUCCCCUAUCUGGAGUCCAACAGAUUCUGCCCCAGAAUGUCAGAGAAGAGGCAACCGGAGACAUGCAACCCCAAUCCUAUGGACUGACCGCUAGGUAAUAUGUAGUUUCCAAUACUUGAACUCAUUUUCUUAUUGUUGUUGUAACAUGUAGCCUCAAAUACAGUAGUAUCUCCUGGUUUUGGAUGAAAGAAACGAAAGAAAGCUUAAUAUUUAUGUAGUGAAUGAUAUUUCAUGUACAUAUAUAAACUUUAUUUGGUUGUA